GUAAAGCGGAGUGCGAUCUGGAGCGGAGCGGAGCAGCACCAACCCGCAGAGUUCUGCAGAGGAGGAACCAUCCAGCGGGAGGAAGAGGAGGAAGAGGAAGAGGAGCGGCCGGCCAGCAGCGGGGCUCCGCCGCGGUGGAUUUGCUGUUUGCGCCUGUUUUUUUUUUGUUUGUUUUUUUGCGGUUUUUGCGGGGAAUGUGCGGCUCCUCCUCUGCGGCUCUCCAACUUUGUGAAUCUGUGCUCUCAUGCUGAGAGGCGGCGCAGAGGAUGGGAGAAACCUGGUGCUCCAAAUGCCUCACAGUCCUGCUGGCUCUUCACGUCGUUCCGGUGUUGCAGACGGUGCUGGUCGGUGCUGGCGAAUGCGACUCGGUGUUUAAAGGUUUCUCCAACUGUCUGAUCCAGUUGGGGGAUGAAAUGGCCAACUAUCCCCAGGACCUGGACGACAGAGAGAGUCUGAACAAGAUCUGCACUUACUGGGACAACUUCCACUCCUGUGCCACGACGGCGCUGGCCGACUGCCAGGAGGGGGCGACGGACCUCUGGGAGAAACUGAAAAAGGAAUCGCGCAACCUGAACUUCCGUGGGAGUUUGUUUGAACUGUGUGGCGGCGGAAACGCCGCGCCCAGAUCUGCCAGGGGCCUGGGCUUGGUGCUGACCGCCCUGCCCAGCGUACUGACUCUGCUGGCGUUUUAACAGGAAGGAGAAGAAACGCAACGUUAAAGAAAUAAAACACAAGAACAUUCGUCCAACUGAUCAACAAUAAUUAAGAAACAGAGUGACAGCCAUCCUGAAAACACGACGACCAGGACUCAGUUUGCAUUCAUCAGAAGAAAACAGCAGAAUUGGAUUUUUGGCGGCGCUACGGCAGCCUGGUUGGCCCUGGGGGAGAGCUCGUCCAAUCACACGCCGCCUCACCCAGAGGUCAAUAACAUGAAAUAUUCAACACGCCAUUGACCUGAAAUGAAGACAAUGAUGAAAUUUUGAUGGAUAUUCACCAACUUACAAUUGUGGAAUUACCUAAUAUUAAAGUCAGCCAUGCAUUAUUGAUAUCGGGUCGGCCACGCCUCGCCUCGCCGGCGCCGACCGACACGCCUCGCCGGCGCCGGCGCCAACCGACACGCCUCGCCGGCGCCAACCGACACGCCAUCAGGAUGGACAGUAGGGCUGCCAUUUAGCCUGAGGUACUAAUUCAUGUGUGAAGCAAGACCAAGAGGAAGAAUCAAUAAGAUGCGCCGAGGCAUAGAGCCGAUCCAGAACCGGUCCAGAACCGAUCCAGAACCGAUCCAGAACCGUCGCCUCGGUUCCUCUACGGACUGCUUCUCAUUUUUAACGGCGGCAGGUUGAGUCAGCUGACCAGAGACGGGAUGUUAGCGAAAUGCUUGCUGUGCUAGCCGUUACCCUGCAGAGGCCGCGGUCACACCAGCUAGCAGGUCACGGCUAAACGAUUACAGGCAGCAGUGGUGACGGUAUUCACCUUUGACCUCAGCAGCAUUCCAUCAUUAGACCAACACUUUCCUGAAUUUGUGUUAAGAUAAACAUGUUGCAUUUGGUAAAACCACUUUAUGAUGCCAGUUCAGUAAAACUCAUUCUGCGGGUUCUGGUGUGACCACGGUCGCUUGGCGUAAGUUUACUUUUAGAGAAACAACAGAUCAGCUGAGAAAGUCUCAGCAUUUCAGGGAAUGGGCAUAAAACAUUAAAAUGAUCCUUUUUACAUAAUUUAUGAUGAGAAAACUGAAGGUGAAGUUCAUUUUGUACAAGAUCAACUCAGCUAGCCAGCGCUAAAUGUCGCUAAAGUUUGUCCAGAGUAAGUCAUGGUUAGCUUGAGUAGCAUUUGUUUUUAUUAAACUUUAAUGUCAGACAGGAGCUACGUUUCAAUUUAGCAACAAUCUGACAUUAAAGCAGAUUCAGAGAAAACAUUUUGAGACAAAUGUGCUAGCAUCUCAACCUGAUGCUGUCAUUUUAUCAUGCAAGUUUGAUUCACAAUUUAGCUAACGUUAGCUUAAAUAUUAAAUCACAAAGUAAACCCAAGAAGGCCAGGUUAGCUAAGGGUUUAGAUAAUCAGUUAGAACGACUCAUUAGUUUAUAGUUGAUGAGACCAGAGGAACAACUAGCUUGUGUUGGGCUAGCAACAAUUAGCAGCUAAAUCAGGUAGCAUACAUUCAGAGAAGGAUAGAGGAUUAUAGUUCAAUCAGAUAAUAUAUCAACCAAAUUAUAGUCAGGUUAGCUAACUUCUGGUUAAAUAUAUAAACAACACCUUUGUGUUUUCUGGUUGGCUAACAGCUAGUUAGGAGCUAAAUCAGGUGUAUUUUGAUUAGCUAAGAAUAUCAAACUACCUACAUCCAGAUGAUUCAGAUUAAAGAUUUGUCUAGAUUAGGCUGGAUUAAAUAACAUUCUGAACCAAACUGGACCAUUUGGUCAUGUUCACCUAAAUUUAAAAUAACACGGGUUACUUAAAAUUUGAUCAAACGGAUAAAUUUAACGUUUAGGUUUUGUGAAGUUAGCUAACAGCAGCUACAAGCUACAUCUAUGUUACCAGGUUGGAUUAACACCUGGUUCUAAUAAGCCUGGGUUGAUUGGUAUUUAUUAUAUAAAUCUAUAAUACCCAUUAGAUUUAUAUUUACGUUAGCCACAGAGACUCAUGCUAAUAACUAGCCUGUUAGCUAACUUAUGUACAUUAACAUUUAACUUGUGUACUUUAUUAAUAUUUAUUGUCCCUUUUAAAUGAAUAAACAUUAAAUAUUUAUAAUAUUUUGGAAACCAAACUGUUAAAUUGAGUCAAGGUAACUGAAAGUUUGGAUUAGCAUAAAAUUGUAUUGUAGCCUGUAAGCUAACAGUUUAAUGUUAGCAUUAAACCAGAUGUGAAACGAUAUGGGAGAGAUUAGGUUUUAACUGACAUCUUAGCUCAUUUGUGUUGCGUUGCCUGUCAUUAGUCUAGUAAAUGAAUCAAAUACUUAAAUUAUUCAAGUUAUUAAAUAAGCUAGCUAACAUUUUGAUUUUGUAUUAACUGCAUUUAUGGGAGAGUUACAUCAGAUUAAUUAGCAUCUUAUUUUCAACAUAGUUUUUCUUCAGUUUUCUUACAGUUUCAGCAAACAAGCAAUAAGAUCUUUUUCCCAACUCAAUAAAAAUUAAACUUUGGGAAAUUCUGAGGCUUCCAUGUUUAGACGUUGUGCUCAUUUCCUGAAAUCCCAUCAGAUCCAACCUGAACAAAACCAGAGAAACCUGAUGUUUGUUUUCUGUCAGUUGAAACAUCAGGAGCAGCAAUAUGAAGAGACGUUCCGGCCAGCGUAGCUAAAAUAUGAAUAAUAAAUGAACCGUGGCUGGAGAGAGAUAUGACUGUUGCCAUUUAGCUUCAUCUCGUUUCCAUCCAGUGAUUUUAGUAGAUUUUCAGCGAUGACAUAUUUUAGGUCUGUGUUAGAAUAAAGAGGAAAGUCCCAACAGUAAAGUAGCAUCAUGAAAUACAGACAUUAGAAAUAUUAGGAGUUUAUUUCUGAGACAGAAACAUUUCCACUGCCUUCUGACUAAACAAUGUGAACUUCUUAGUUUGUUUGUUUGUUUGUUUGUUGCUUGGCUGGUUUGUCUCUUUGUUUGUUUAUGAGGAAGUUACAUAAAAAAAGUUUAAAAAGAUUGAUUUAUAUCAAAAAUCAUCUAUGAAGAGAAAAUGUAUAUGAAAAGGAUUUUUGAGAAAAAACUGAGUGAAAAAAGAUUUUAUUGUUAGAGAUAAUCUAUUCCAAACAGUUUUAACAGCAGAUUGAUUAUUUACAGAUUAUAUAGAUAUAAAGAAGAUCAAAUAAACAACUGAUGAAAUGAUGAAGAAUAAAGAAUAAAAGUCAUAAUGUUUGAAGAAAAACCUGUGUGUGAUUUUAAUUUGGACUGGAGAGGAAAAGAACCGAUUUAAUAUUAAUGAGGGGAAAUCCCAGAGGAGUCUGGGGCCGACAUGGACUGAGGAAGAGGAGGAGGAAGAGGAGGAAGAGGAAGAGGAGGAGGAGGAAGAAGAGGAGGAGGAGAAGGAUUUCUAAAUAAUUAAGGAAUCUCUAAAAUGAGACCUUAAAGCAUCUUUUUAUUAAAAUUAUAAUCACACUGGGGCCACAAAUACUAAAACUAAAAUCCUCUUUAGUUAAUUUUUUACAGUGUUUUCAUUAUUUUUAACGGGAAAACAGAAAAACUGUCGACUCAAAACAAACAGAUUCUUUUAUGAAAAACAGUUUCAGUGGCGACUGAAACAAACGCAGGAAAUUAAUUUUUAAAUGAAUCUCAAAGUUUUAAUAAAAAUCAGAAGCAGAGAAGAAACCAGCAGGUCAAGAGGGCAGAAACAGACCAGGGGUCAAAGGUCAUCCAUGAAUGCUCACAGAAAGGCUAACCUCUGCAGAAACUCGGCUGCAUUUCUGGAUUUGAAGAUGAUAAUUCCUAAUCUGGUUAAUAAACAUAAAACGAUAAAUAAAGACUUUCACAGUUUUAAUUUUCCUCCUGAUGCUUCAUGGAGCUUCUGAAGAAACGUGACUGUGGACGCUAACAUUAGCACUAGCUGCUACCUGUUAGCACUCAGAUGCUAUUGUAGGUUAGCAUAGCUUCACUGAUAGGCUAACUGCUUUUAGCACAACAACAGUCUUUCCAGCAUCCAAUCAGAUCGUUUAGAAGCAGAAAUGAACCGAUGCUACCAUCGCUGUUAGCGGACGUGUGCGUCAGAUUAAUGGUCGUACCAGAAACACGUGAAUACAAAGGUUCCGGCUCGGGCAUUUUGGAUGUUCAUAAACAAAAACAAAAAAUGAUUAACUGCAUUAAAAUCUAUAGAACUAAUCAAAAUAAACUUGUUGAAGUAAAAUCCUUCAUCUAUAUUCAUAUUUCUAGAAUUUUAAUACAUUCAUGUCCAGAUUUCAUUAAAAAUCUGGUUUUUAAAUUUUCUUCUGCUUUUAUCAUCAUUUUUAACAAUCUGAGUUUCUGCUUCUGGAGCUAAUCUGAGGUUAAUCCGAGGUUAAUCUGAAGUUAAUCUGGACUUAAUCUGAAGUUAAUCUGAGGUUAAUCUGAAGUUAAUCUGAAGUUAAUCCGAGGUUAAUCUGAAGUUAAUCUGAGUUUAAUCUGAAGUUAAUCUGAAGUUAAUCUGAGGUUAAUCUGAAGUUAAUCUGAAGUUAAUCCGAGGUUAAUCUGAAGUUAAUCUGAGUUUAAUCUGAAGUUAAUCUGAGGUUAAUCUGAAGUUAAUCUGAGGUUAAUCUGGAGUUUUUUCUUUUCUCAUGGUGGUUUAUUCCAGACUUUUCUCCUCUUGAAACAUCCAGAGGUUAUUUUUAAUCAGGUCAGUGAUGCUGAUUCGACCUGAAAGCAUCAAUGAACCGAUCAAUACGUCUGAUCGAUGCCAUCGGUCGCCAUGGCAGCAGGAUGAAAGCGACUGGAAGGUUUUGAUGGU